AUGAGAUCUAAUAAUGAAAUGGAAUAUAAAACUAUUUCAGGGGGAAGAUUAAUAAUAUUUUCUGUAUCAGGAAGAGUAUGUACACAUCCUUCUCCAACUUCGAGAAGCCAGUUAAAGAAUUUAGAUUGUGUAUCAAAAUUAGAU